AUGUCGGGCACAGCGAUCCAACAAAACAUAUCCGCUUCGAGUGAGAAGUACUCUUCAGAAUUUACUAAGGGCAACCUGGCACUACCACCAGCCAAGAAGUACCUCGUUGUGACUUGCAUGGACGCCCGUAUCGACCCGGCGGCUGCUUUCGGUAUCGACCUUGGUGACGCACAUGUCAUUCGUAACGCUGGAGGCAACGCAAAAGACGCUCUCCGUUCCAUCUUGAUCUCUCAGCACUUGCUCGGGACCCGCGAGAUCAUCUUGGUCAAGCACACCGAUUGCGGGAUGCUGACCUUCACAAACGCCGACGCUCUCCAAGUCGUGGCCGGCAAUGUCGGCGCGGGUGUCCUCACCUCGACAUUCGACUUCCAGCCUUUCCCAGACCUCCAACAGGGCGUGAAGGAUGAUGUCGCAUGGCUCAAGAGCCACAGUGCCUUGGUCAGGGACAUUGAGAUCAGUGGAUGGGUCUACGAUGUCAGGACCGGCAAAACCACCCAGGUGGUUUGA